UUUCUGUUAGAGAAUGAGGAGGUGAAGGAAGGUGUCCAAGCGUUGUAUUUCCUGCCUCUGACGUGACUCACUAACACAGUACAUAAUCCUAUUUGUUACAUCUUAUGACCUACUGCUGGACAAGGGACAACAACACCGUCAAAUGAAACGAAAUGGGAGAAUCAGGACUUCAUCGUCUCUACUUAGCAAAGUCCCUCAAGGAACUUAACAAUCAAGUCCAUGAAAUUCCCAGAGCUUCACCCAAGUUAUUAGUGAAUACUGCCCAAAGAGUUCUUAAGGAAGCACAGUCUGUAGAUAAAAUUAAAGAUGAAGAGAAAGCCUACAUCCUUUAUAUGAGAUACUUCUCUAUUGUGCUGACAAUACAGAAACAUGCUGAUUAUAAGAAGAAUAAAAAGUACUAUGAUGCCCUUCUGGAUCCUAAGAUGACUGCCAAGGUUAUUAACAGAGCAGAAGAAUUACAAAAGAGUCUUGAUCGCAGAUAUGGAUUUACAAGUGAUGCAAUAAAGGCAGAGAAGUUAGAGCAAGAUAAAAGAGCAUUAGAGAAACUUGAACAAGCUGAAAGAGAAAAACAGGCAAAGAAAGCUGCAGCAAGAGCCAAGACAACCACCAUCACCCCAGCAGUAACCAAUGGUUUGACGGAAGAUGGUGGAUGUAUAUCAUGUGAGAAACUUUACUCCCUGAUGAAGGAAAGGUGCUCCACAUAUAUGAUAUUGGAUGCAAGAUCUAAGGAAGACUUCUCAGAAUCACAGAUGGUCUUACCAAAUAUUAUUAAUGUACCAGAAGAAAUACUAAAUCCAGGUUUAACAGCAGGAAGAAUUGGAAGUGAACUAGAAGAGUCAGCAUGCAGUCUUUGGGUAACACAGCGGCACACUGUAGACUAUCUAAUUCUCGUCGACUGGGAAACGGAAAAGCCGCCACUGCCAUUACCACUCGAGACACUUAUUGAUGCUAUGGUGAAGUGGGACCCAGGAAAGCAGUACAAGAGCCGUCCAUGGGUGCUACAAGGAGGGUAUGACAUGUGGCGGCUCAUGUAUCCCAUGCACACAACUAAUCCCAGAGCAGAGCGUCGUACCUCUGCAACUAUGAAACCCCAAGAGCCAGUGUCACUUAAUUUUGAAUAUCCUGAUUUGGACGAAGCCUUCCUGAUGACUCCGUCCCCAACUUCUCAAAAGCCACAGAUUAGCCAGGCAGACACUCGGACGAUUCCAUCUGUCGUACCGACUGUCAACCGGACAUUGAAACCAACAGUUGUAGAGGAACUUAUGGAUAACAAGAAUAAUAACAACAACAUUUUGGAUAGUUCGAGAGUUUACAACAACACGGUGACACCAGAAGGGAGUCCAAUUAAAGUACCAGUGGACUCUAAGCUCAACACUUGGGAGACUAAGGACUCCAACAAACUUCUCGACCUACAGAAAAUUAAACCAACAGCCAAAGUGGACAACAUGCCAUCAGUACCCAACAGAUCAUUGAAGCCCAGAGAACUGUUAGCAAAUCUAGCAACAAAGAAAGUGGAAAUGGAAGAGGAACAGGAGCUUUUGGAGGAGUCCAUGAAAGUUGAAGAGGAUACUCUUAAGAAAAUUGAAGAAAUGGAAGCCAUGACAACACAGCGGGAAUCGGCACGUGACGAGCAAAGUCGAAUUCAGUUACGAAAGACAGAAGACAGAUUGCAGGAGGAAAUAGACAAGUUACAAGCAAAGAGUUCAGAGAUGGAAGAUCGGUACAACAAGAUCCACAAGCAGAAUGAGGAGCUGUGGAGGAUGGUUAACCAAGUAUUGUCAGGUCAGAUUAGCAACCUGAACCUGAGUUCUGUGCCACAGCCAGACCAUGAUGCUGACACUCAACUCCAGAAAGAAGAACAAGAAAGUCUACGGAAACAAGAAGGGAAAAGGAAAGCUUUGCAAGAACAAGUAGAACGCAUGCGUAAGGAGAGAAAAGAAAAGGAGAUGAAACUGAAAGAGCAGGCAGAGAAAGAAAAAAUAAUAAAUGAACAGAAAGCAAGAGAAGCUGAAAUAGAAAGGCGGAAGCUUGAGGAGCGCAGAUCACGGAUUGAUGGAGAGUCCCGGUCUCAUAAAGCAAAGGGCACGGGUGAGACUUACACAGCCAAGUUACGUGGCUCUCCGAGGUCAUCGCCAGUCCGGGGUGGCUCCAAUCUCAAGCGGUCACAUUCUGCUUUCAAUCUAUCUCAGCUGGAAGAUGAUGACGACAAGACCGGUUUCGGGAGUGUGAUGCCCAACUUUGAUCGAGGUCUUAAACCUUUAGUGGCCCCACAGAGACGGAAUAUCAAUGCUGCUCGUCAGAGGAACUUUGAACCUAAAUAUGGAAGUGUGCCCCUCGCAAAAACUGGAUUAAAAAAUUUGGGAAACACAUGUUAUAUGAACUCCAUCAUACAGUGUCUGAACAAUACCACACCACUCGUCAAAUACUUCAUUGAAGGCACCUACAGUGAUGACAUUAACCCACAAAGCAAAUGUCGUGGGGAAAUAGCAGAGGAAGUAGGGGCAGUGAUCAGGGCCCUGUGGUGUGGACAGUACCGGUCUAUUGCCAUGUGGGACCUUAAGACUGCAGUGGGUCGCUGUCAUAAACCAUUUCAGGGUUAUGAUCAACACGAUUCUCAUGAGUUCCUGAUCAAGUUAAUGGACUGGGUACAUGAAGAUAUAAACAAGGUUAUAGGUAAAAAACCAUCUAUGAAAGAACAGAACCAUGAUGACCUUCCUGACUAUGUUGCUGCAGAAAAAGUUAUGGAAGAACUGAAACGGCGAGAACAGUCCAUUGUAUCUACUCUGUUUCAUGGGCUGCAUCGCUCCAGUAUAGUGUGUGGCACCUGUAGCCACCGCUCACUCACCUUUGAACCAUUUUGUAUACUCUCGCUGUCUUUCCCUUCAUCAAACAGAUGUACACUGAGGGAUUUGCUUCACCAUUACUACAAAGAAUCAAAUAUUGAAUACAAGUGCUCCAAAUGCAAGAAAUUAAGAAACUGUAUACGAAAGCUCGACAUAUGGAAAUUGCCGCCAUUAUUAAUUCUGCAUCUCAAUAGGUUUGAGCAUGAUGUUUUGAUGAAGAAAAAGCAGAACUUUGUUGACUUUCCCCUGGAUAAUUUGGAUCUAACAAAACAUUGUGGCAUUAACAACCGGUAUACAAACUUUGAGCUCUAUGGUGUAUCCAACCAUUAUGGCACCAUGGAUGGAGGUCACUAUACUGCCUUCUGCAAGUCAUCUCUCAACAAAGUGUGGAAUAAGUUUGAUGAUCACGAGGUUUAUGAACUGUCACCAGGCAACGUUAAGUCUUCAGCUGCAUAUUUGUUGUUUUAUGAAGCAACAAAUGUGAAUGUUAAGGUCAACAACUUCAUGUGAGUGCACUUGUCAGCUGGAGUCCACCCGCCCACCACCACACGACCACUCGGUGCACUAAAGUCCCAACUUUUGUUCUAUGGUGAUCACACAUAGGUGUGAUCGUGUAGCUCAAUGAUUAACGGUCAGUAUCAGUCUUUUUUCUUUUUUCCCCCCUUACAGUGAGAGGACAUCACUAGUGUUCAUAUUGUAUUGUACUGUACUCUGUUUCAGUGACUGUGAAGUAAUUUUUGCUAUGUUUUUUGUGACUGUAAAGUGCUUUGUCUAUGUUGUUGUGAACAUGAUAUGAACAGUGUCGGUCGGUAUCAUUGUUUUUGCUGUCAUCAUUCGCUCUGUUUUUGUGACUGUGAAGUGAGCAGUGUAACUUUGAAAAUGUUUGGGGAGGGCAAGGCACCCAGAAAAACCGUGUCUCUGGGGGGUGAAGCUUGAUAUUGUGAAGCUGUGUUGGAGUCUGAGUGAUGUCUCCAUUCCACCUUCAAGGGGACACGUGAUGAUGACUAGGCUUGUUCUUAAUGAUUUGGUGAGUGUUGUUUGUGUUGUAGGUAUAGUAUUAAUGUAGGAAUUUUAUUUUCAGUGAUUCAUGUGGGUGUUAGACUGGCUGAAAACGUAUUCCAUUCAACCCCAUGUUAUAAUGAUCCCAAUUUACGAUAUUUCGACCUGGGAUGGGUUUUCAGGAACGUUAUCCCCAUCGUAAGUAGGAGGAUACCUUACAAUACUUACAAUGGAUAAAACAGGAAAUGUCGCUGUUUGGCAUUUUGCAAUAUAAUAUCCAUCUUCUGUGGAGUCAGAUUGUUUCAUGCAAAAUGUACACAGAUAGUUUUUUGAUUCUGUGUACAUUCAAGGUACAGUACAGAAAAGGGACAAACACCUGUUAGAGUGAGUGAAAAGUUUGCUUUCCUGUUAAUUAUAUAUUUCUUUUAUCUAAAGUACACCGUAUGGUAGUAUUACAGUGGCCUUAAUAUAUUCAUAAACAUUUGUUGUUACUAGCUAUGUGGACUGUACACAAGACUACUAUACCGCACAGUGAAAUGAAUCGAUCACAUAUUUAAUAUACCAGACUGCCAGACUGUAAACUGUAUUGUACUUCCCUUCUUAAUCAAUCUUAAGGUUUCCACCCUUGUUAUACAACCUUCUUUAGUUACGAGGAGUUGUUUUUGUGUCAGCUAUAGUACAUACCCUAUUGAUCAAUUGUGUAUUUAGGAUUGAGACCGGUUCAUAUAAAACAAUUGUGAUUUAUUUUUAUUAUCACGCUGACAGGCCAAUGACACUAAUAACAUCAUUCAAACAACUUGGGUAAUUGGGCUGAUGACAUGGAACACAUUAAUCACUUUAGAAAUUCACCAAAAUAACUUCUUCUAUUUUUUUUGGGGGGGGGGGGAUGCUAUUGUGGCAGAGAUGUCUGAAAUUGCAUGCCAAUUUCUUCACAUUUUCUCUGUGCACUCUGUGUUGUUUUGAUUCUGCCCAUUAGAAUAUUAUUCUCAGUUCCCUCAAAAUGGAAAAGAGGAAAGAGAAGGUUAAAUCCGUGUUGAAAAAUAAUGAAAUAGUGAAUAAUUGUAGUACAUAUAAACUUCCCAUAGUUUGUACUAAACAAAAAUUUUAGUAAUUAACUUAGUACAUUUGAGUACAGGUUGUGAUAAUUGUGAUGAUUUUUACCACAACUUUUAUAGCAUUACUGUUGACUUAAUAGCUGUGGAACAUAUCCAUUUUUCCCAAAAAGAUUAAGUAUUCACUUUUGCGUCUCGAACCAUCAAAGCUGCCAGACUAUCGGGUCCCUGAUUAACGGGGUCCAAACCUGUAUCUAAAAUUUACUAAUAAUUUACUCAAUUCAUUUUCAAAGUUUUAGUUAUUUAGAAAGGCAGUUUGUUAUGAAAUAUAGUGGAAGGCAAGUUGUGCUACUCUGUAGGUUACAGUGUAUUAUGGAUCAAGGUAUCACACCUAUCUAUCUAGAUUUAAAAUCACUUCCUGGAAAACAAGCAGUGCAGUACUAAAUCAGCCGUGAUAGUGGCACUACUUUGGUACUUACAGUAUGUUUAAGGCUCUGUAGUGGUACAGUUUGAAAUCAUCCCAGUGUUUGUCUAGUCACCUCCAUAUUUGAUUAUCAACAUGAGUAGUUCAUAAGCAUUGAAAAAUUUUAAUUAUUUUUAUACCGUGUAUACAGUAUUUAAAAGUUCAGUAAAGAUAUAUUUGAAAUACUGAACAAUUACUCUUCAAAGCUUAUGAGAUUAAAGUUAUUACAAAGGUUUAUGAUAUUCAUUAAAAAUUGGGAGUGUCUCAUCCUUUAUAAAGCUGCCACAUCAUUUGCCAUUGAGAAGGUUUUGGUUCAAGGAAGGAAAAGCAGGUUAGGAUUCAAGACUGCACCACUGCUUUAUACACUGAUCGCCACAAUUUCUCCGAAGUACUGUACACUCACCACAAAAAGUUAUUGAAUGCUCUAAGAGUCAUACAAUAUGACAAAACGAGCGAGAAUUCUGAACAUUGCUCUCUGAGGAGUUGUAUUGCAAAUUAAAUUACUUGUUUUCACCUGUAAAUACUAUAAAGAGACACAGCUUUUUAGCUUCAAUAUAUAUGUUAACUUUUUUUACAUGCAGAUAAAUACUAAUUACAAACUUCAGUGAUGCUGUUCCCAUAUGAGGAGUACAGAACCAAAGUAGGACAAUCGCCGUAAAUGAAAAACGAGAAAAAUGCAUUUAAAGUUUGUUAACCUUGAAAUUUCCAUAAAUUUGGAACCAGUGAAGAUAUGGCAGUGAUUCAAGUAGUAUGGUUAAAUGCAGGUUUACUGUAUACUGGUGAAAGACAUCAUAGGUAUUGUUUUUGGGCAUAGUGGUACUUCUUCUACUUCAGUUUUGUGUUCCUCAUGUAGUAGUUGAUGUUUACAAUUUGGAGCAGUAAUUUUGAAGCAGAGUUUGUAAUUCAUUGCAAUUUCUUUGAUUAUUUCAGGCCCUGUCAACCUACAAUAUAUUACAUGUAUCCUGGAUAAUUGCGGGGAUUAGGUUCCACAAAACUACCGUGUUACGCAAAACCGUACAUAUUGAAACGCCUAACAUUAGGGAAAAAUUAGUUUUGCCCCACAACCCCAAAGACGCAUCCCCAAACUGACCAAAAUAUACCCCCCAAAAUGUGUAGGUACACUAAAGGAUAUAAUACUAGUAACAUAUCUUUACUAAUUAAUGAAUAACAAAUAAACUAUGUACAGUACUGUACAAUAUUGUAUCAUAAAUGACAGUCAUAGUAGAAUGAGUGAAAGGCAGAGUGUUUGUGAGAAGCAGUGGGUAGGAAGGAGGGAGGAAGGUGAGAAGUGGGUGGGAGGCAGUAGAUUUUGUGUUGAUUUGCUCAAGGUAAAGCAAAUCCAUCACUGAGAUUAUGAUUUAGGUGGUGAUCACAGAGCUGGUGGUGGAGGGAGAGGUUGUGGUAAAUGGUGAGAUGAUACAUCAAUCGGUUUGUUUAUUAACACUGGCUGCAGCCCUGCCAGACACAACUGAACAGCUGAUGUCUACCCACAAAAUUGAGUGCAAGUAUAAAUGAACAACGUCAUAUUCCUUCCACAUUGUUACAUAAAUUUUAAAUUAUGGAGUGAGAAAGAUGCAGGUGAUUAGAAAGGUGGGGAGGAAGGAAGUGGUAACACACACUGUGUGUGUGUGUUGCCAAGCACAUGCUUAUCCUUGUCGGGAACAUUCAACCAGAGAAUACACACAUCUUCGUUGCUUGGUCAGAUCAGGAACAUUAACACUCUUCUUGUUCACAGGUACCAGGGUGGAGGGUAAGUAAAAGUUACAAAUAUUGCACCAAAAACAAGUACGGAGCUGGAAACUGUCUUCAAACACCAACCAAAACAGAGCGGGGAAACAAAUGCUGGCACCACAAGCCGUGCUGCCAUCUCUUGCCAGUCACUGCUACUGCUGGCUUUCGAGAUCCGCGGCUGUCCCAUGACAAUUCCGUGAUAACCCAGAUCAAUCAGUGAUAAGCGUACACAUGGUCACAAUUGAGAAUACUAUGAUAAACCAGAUCAGCGAUUUUGGGGUCCCGUGAUUAUCGAGGAUACAUGUAGAGCAAAGACAUGUUUGUCAUUGGCCAUUUCCACACAGCAGAUAGUUAAGACAAGCAACUUUUGAAACAUUUUCUUAAUUAUUUUACUUACUGAUAUGCUUUCAAAUUAGAGGACUAUAUGAUAUUAUGUUGUCUGUUUAUGUGUGUUUGUCACCAUCCAUUUAUAUACAGGUAUUCAGUAUUAUCAUUGAGUAUCAUAUGUUUACUUAGACAAUAUUUUUUCCUUAUUUUGUGUAAGUGCAAUUUAAUAGAAACACAUUUCAGCUUCAGUUCUGCAUGUGAUGACAUCUUAAAGCAGCAAGUACAGCACAGUGGAACCUGUGUAAUAUAUGAAACUUCCUUCUAAUGGACCAUAUGAGACGGGCUAGUCAGUCAUAUAUGAAACUUUCUUUAAUGGAUUAUUGUACAGUACUGUAUAUGUAAAAGGUUAGAGCAUUAGAUCGAAGUCCAUUAUAUGAAGGGUUUACUGUAUUGUGGGAAAAUUCAUCUAUUUUGGGAUAAUUACUUUGCAUAAUUGGAACAGUUGUCACAUUCAUGCACAUUGGUGUAAUUAUGUGUAGAUACCUGUAGUAUAAUUUAGCAAGCAAAUACCGUUUUUUUUUAUUCAUUUUUAUUUCUGAUAUUUGGGGGGAAUAGCUACUCAUGUCAUGGCAUCAUAAAGUUUAAUUUAGAACUGUGCUGUUCAGCUUUCAGCAGGGAGAUAUGAAUAUAGUCAUAAUGAAGAGUGAGUAAAUUUGGAUGUGCCUUUAUAUUUAGAAUAUAAAGUGAUAGGGGUUGGGAUAUAAUGGAAGAUAGACAAAAAAAAUAUAAUCUCAAUAUGUACA